GGGGAGGGAACCGAAUUUCUCUCCCCAGAGACCUACUCUUAGUCGCGCCUUGGGGGAGUUCAAGUGGAAUAAACUCCCCCUUCCCUCUCCUCCCGCCCCCGCCCCCCCCAGAUCUCAGUCCUCGCCCUCCUCCAGGUCCUGUUCUGGACCUGGGCGCCGUCGCAGGUCUUGGCCUGAGCGGCCCCUUUUCUCGGAAAGCUGUAGCCGGGAGGGGUGAAGGUGGCUCUCAGGUAGAUCAGGCCUUGGGGUGGGGGCGGGCGGGACGAUGAGCUCCCCCGGCACCGAGAGCGCGGGGAAGAGCCUGCAGUACCGAGUGGACCACCUGCUGAGCGCCGUGGAGAGCGAGCUGCAGGCGGGCAGCGAGAAGGGCGACCCCACGGAGCGCGAGCUGCGCGUGGGACUGGAGGAGAGCGAGCUGUGGCUGCGCUUCAAGGAGCUCACCAACGAGAUGAUCGUGACCAAGAACGGCAGGAGGAUGUUCCCAGUGCUGAAGGUGAACGUGUCAGGCCUGGACCCCAACGCCAUGUACUCCUUCCUCCUGGACUUCGUGGCUGCCGACAACCACCGCUGGAAGUACGUGAAUGGAGAGUGGGUGCCCGGGGGCAAGCCGGAGCCGCAGGCGCCCAGCUGCGUCUACAUCCACCCUGACUCGCCCAACUUCGGGGCGCACUGGAUGAAGGCGCCUGUCUCCUUCAGCAAAGUCAAGCUCACCAACAAGCUCAACGGAGGCGGCCAGAUCAUGCUGAACUCCUUACACAAGUAUGAGCCCCGCAUUCACAUAGUGAGAGUCGGAGGGCCCCAACGCAUGAUCACCAGCCACUGCUUCCCGGAGACCCAGUUCAUAGCUGUGACAGCGUAUCAGAAUGAGGAGAUCACAGCUCUUAAAAUUAAAUACAACCCAUUUGCAAAAGCUUUCCUUGAUGCAAAGGAAAGAAGCGACCACAAAGACAUGCUGGAAGAGCCUGGGGACAGUCAGCAACCGGGGUACUCCCAAUCAGGGGGUUGGCUGAUUCCUGGAACCAGCACCCUCUGUCCACCUGCCAACCCCCACGCUCAGUUUGGAGGCCCCCUCCCCAUCCCUCCCACACACGGCUGUGAGAGGUACCCGGCCCUGAGGAGCCACCGGUCCUCGCCAUAUCCCAGCCCCUACGCUCACCGGAACAACUCUCCAACCUACCCUGACAACUCGUCCGCAUGCUUAUCCAUGCUGCAGUCCCAUGACAACUGGUCCGGCCUCGGAGUGCCCGCCUCUGCCAGCAUGCUCCCUGGGAGUCACGCCAGUCCGUCUGCUGGCUCUAGUCAGUACCCCAGCCUGUGGUCUGUGAGCAACGGCGCCAUCACUCCAGGCUCGCAGGCGACGGCCGGUGUGUCCAACGGCCUGGGAGCCCAGUUCUUCCGAGGCUCCCCUGCACACUACACACCCCUUGGCCACGGAGUCUCGGCUUCCUCCUCCUCAGGGUCUCCUCUGUACGAAGGGGCUGCCACGGCCACAGACAUUCCUGACAGCCAGUAUGACGCCUCUGCCCAAGGCCGCCUCGUAGCCUCAUGGACGCCUGUGUCACCACCGUCCAUGUGA